AAGAGGCGUGGCAUACAUCCAUGGGCGAAACCCACGUGACAGAGAUACAGGAAAUUACUCUGAGUUGGGGUUUGGGCGUCUCUUUUCCUCUUCUCUAAAUAAUCUCUACGAACCCUAUCUGGCUGUCUAUAGUGUUUUUAUCGCCAACUGACUUGAAAAAAAAUAAUUCUAGUUAAAAUGUGCAACGGCUGUGUACAAAAAGAAUACCCAGACCGGGGGAACACUUGUUUGGAGAAUGGCUCUUACCUGAUGAACUACCAGGGCUGUGCCAACUGCCACCAGAGGGACUUUGUGCUGAUCAGCAAUAAAGCCACAGAGGAUGAUGAUGGAGAGGAGAUCGUAACAUAUGACCAUGUUUGCAAAAAUUGUGACCAUGUCAUCGCCAGGCACGAAUACACUUUCUCUGUUGUUGAUGAAUACCAGGAGUACACCAUGCUCUGCAUGCUGUGUGGAAAGGCAGAGGACUCCAUCAGUGUGUUACCAGAUGACCCCAGACAGUCUGCGCCUCUCUUCUAGACCUUACACCUGCAGGUCACUUUUUAGAUAGUGUCACCACCCCGGACGUGUUGCUUGCUGUUUGCAUCUGGGUUCCAAUCCUUUUAUUUGCAUUCAAAAUUGUAUGCACAUCUUCAAUUAAGUACCCCAUAUUUUAAGUCUUUGGCUGUUUAUAAACUACUGUAUGCUGAUAUCAGUUGAGCAGGACAUAUAACUUAGUAUUGUCCUACAUGACAACUAUUCUGUAUUUUAAUUUACGAUGUACUGUAAAUAAAUAUUUUUACAUUUUAUCACCAUCUGCAUUUUACUGCCCAACACAUCAUAUCUGAUGUUGCAAAGUCAGAAUGGCAAAAAAAGCUAGUAUGACAAAAUAAGGGAGUUUACCGUGCAGCUAUAGAAAUAAAUCCGCUUUGUUUUUAUCCCAAAAAUGCUAUAAUUUAUUUCAAAUGUUAAGAUAAAAAUAAUGUAUCUGCUUAAAUGGUUCAAAGUUAUUUAUUUUUGCCAAAAGCUUUCCCCUAAAUAGUAUGUCUCAUUGCCACCAAACUGCAGGGUGUUAAACCUGAUGCUUGGGGAAGAUAAGAUCAGUUCAGUCUUCAGUUAUGAAGCAUUUGUGAAGUUGCUUGAGAUUGAAACUUAAUUUCUGACUUUAGAAAUGGCAGUUGACAAAAAAA